CGCCACAUUAUUUUAUCUACAGAGUGGUAGCUUAUUAAAGCCCAAACAAGACCUACCAGUACUGGGCAGUUGAAUUUUGAGCGAGAAAGUUAGAGAGAGAAAGCCAAGGAGACAAACACAUAUAUACACUCAUAAAACCUAAUAGUCUUUGCCGUCAAAGACGAUUGAUUGCAUUCAGAAAGUCUCCGAUUCCUGAUACUCAUCUUCUCGAUUUUAUCAAUUUUGCCCUAAUUUUUUCAUGCACAUUCAUUGAUUGCGUUUCUUGUAGUUAGUGGAAGUGUUUGGUUCGAUCAUACACACAGGAUAAUGUACGGAGCCUGAUGUCUGAAAGGGACAUGAGAAUUACAGAAAGGAAGUGCUUGGAUUGAGACAUUGAUUGUUUGUGUGUGUGUGUAUAUAUAUAUUCGAUGAGUGUUAUUGUGUGAAGAUUGAUCUUAGGUCCAAAAUGAGAACCGAGAAGCAGUCGGUGACGGUUCGGGACCUUGCCGAGGAAGGAAAGAAGCGAAUUGUUUUUCUGAUCAUAUGCGUGGUUGGAUUGUCGUAUCUCAUGUCUUUGACAAGCUCCUCAGUUUGGGUCAACUUGCCUGCUGCUGCCUUCCUAAUUAUCAUCCUUCGGUAUUUGUCUCUGGAUUUUGACAUGCAGAGGAAAGCCGCAGUGUACAAGAGCAAAUCAGCAUCAGCAAAUAUUUCCUCUCAGAAGAAACCUUUUGAAGGUCCCAAAGUCAUCAUUGAGAAUUCUGACUGGAGAAGAAAAGUGAAUUCCCCUGCUGUUGAGGAUGCAAUAGAUCAGUUUACCAGGCAUCUAGUUUCUGAGUGGGUGACAGAUCUCUGGUACAAUCGCAUAACACCUGAUAGACAAGGUCCAGAGGAGUUGGCGCAGAUCAUAAAUGGCGUUCUUGGAGAAAUUUCAUGUCGCAUGAGGAACAUAAAUCUCAUAGAACUUUUGACAAGGGAUAUUAUUAAUGUUAUUUGCACACACCUGGAGCUUUUCCGUGCAAGUCAGGCAAAGAUUGAGAAGCAGGAAUUGGGGUUGCUGACCAUUGAACGUCGAGAUAUGGAACUCAAAAUCGUACUGAAUGCCGAGAACAAAUUGCACCCUGCUUUGUUUUCUGCUGAGGCUGAGCACAAGGUUCUGCAGCAUUUGAUGGAAGGUCUUAUUUCUCUCACCUUCAAGCCUCAGGAUCUGCAGUGCUCAUUGUUCCAUUAUAUUGUUAGGGAGCUUCUUGCUUGUGCAGUAAUGCGACCAGUGUUAAACCUAGCUAGCCCAAGGUUUAUUAAUGAAAGGAUUGAAUCCCUAGUUCUUUCUUUAAGCAAGGCUGAAAAAGGAGCUACUACAGCACAAGUGGCGUCACAGGCCAAACCAAAUGGGUCUUCUAGAAUAUCAUCUGAUUAUUUUUCUCGGUUUCUGGAUCCUUCUGUUAAAGGUGUUGAACUUGUGCAGUUAAAAAAGGAUCAAUCCAAAACUGCAGCAGAGAAACUUGUGACGGGCAAUGUGAAUGGAACACCACUCUCAAAGGAUCCAUUGCUUUCUGUUGAUGCUCGGUCUACUCUUUCUUGGUCUUGUUUGCCAUCAGACUCCCAGACUGCUGGUAGAAAGGGCACUGAACGACAUCACUCUGGAGGAGAAUGGGGGGACAUGUUAGAUUUGAUGUCCCGUAGAAAGACUGAAGCACUUGCUCCGGAGCAUUUUGAAAAUAUGUGGACAAAAGGGAGAGAUUACAGAAGAAAGGACAAGGCAAAGCAGUCUAUCAAUCCAGUCUCACAAAGUUCUUCAGCAAAAAUAUCUAAACCAAUGGAUCAUUCGAAGGCAUUGUCUAGGCAGAAAGAAAAGGAUACCAGUGCUGUUCAUAGUUGGAACACAUCAAGUCAUUCUUCAAUUACUUCUUAUCUAGAAGACGACGAUCACAAUCACAUGCGUGUGGAGGAGGAGGAUUCAGGGAGCAGUUGUUCUUAUACUUCUGAAGAUGAAGAAACCAGCACCGUAACAGGACUUGAUUCUCCUGGUACUAAAGUUUGGGAUGGUAAAAGUAAUAGAAAUAUUUCUGUUUCUCACAUUCAUCAUCCACUUGAAAGUUCUGAAGGCCAUAAGACAAGAAAGGCAGUUAAAGGGCUUGUUCAUUCUCAAAGAACGCCAAGUACACAGUCUGGGCGGAAGAGGUCUAGAUUAAGCAGUCAGAAGGUGCACGUCUGGCAAGAGGUUGAGAGAACAACUUUCUUAUCGGGGGAUGGGCAGGAUAUUCUGAAUUCCUCUAAAGGAAAGGUGAAAUCGGAGGACUCUUCUGAUGAUUCUGAGACGGAAAUGUUGGGUAGAAUUCACAGUGGAGCAACUGCUUCUUCCUCUGCGUCUUUGAUUUCUGUGCCUGAAAGGCAUGUUUUGGCUACUAAUGCCCCAAAAAACUCAUUGUUGGGAGAUUCCUUUUUGAAGUUAAGAUGUGAGGUAUUGGGUGCCAAUGUUGUGAAGAGUGGCUCUAGAACAUUUGCCGUUUAUUCCAUAUCUGUUACGGAUGUAAAUAAUAAUUGCUGGUCUAUCAAAAGAAGGUUUCGACAUUUUGAGGAACUUCAUCGGCGUCUUAAAGAGUUUCCAGAGUACAAUCUUCUUUUGCCACCUAAGCAUUUUCUGUCAACAGGUCUUGAUGUGCCUGUCAUUCGAGAGCGGUGUAAAUUGCUUGACAAGUAUUUGAAGAAGCUUCUGCAGCUUCCAACAAUUUCAAGAUCAAUUGAAGUUUGGGACUUCCUUAGUGUUGAUUCUCAGACAUAUGUAUUCUCAAAUUCUAUAUCUAUCAUUGAAACAUUCUCAGUUGAUCUGGAUGAUACAGCACGUGAAAAAAGUAAAGUGGUUAACAAUAUUGCUGGGUGCUUACCCGAGCUCUUAUCCCCCAGAAGAGAAUAUUCAAGUACGGAAAUCAAGGAAUCUGCAAUACAGAAGCAUAAUGUUGCGGCUGAUGAGUCAAGAUUGGACCCAAAACUUGUAGUUCAUUCUCCAUCAAAAAAGCCUUUGAAAGAUCUUGGGAAGCCAUUUGAGGAUUCAGGUAGUGACUCUGAUAAUUUGGUGCAAAUGAAUAAAACUGCAACCAGAAACUUGGGGAAGACGGUAAAGGGAAGUGAUGGUGAUGGUUUAAUAGUAUCAUCCGAGUCACUAAUUGAUUCUGCUACCGAUCCAACCUUCCCUUCCGAGUGGGUGCCGCCAAAUUUAAGUGUCCCCAUACUAGAUUUGAUUGAUGUCAUUUUCCAGCUUCAAGAUGGUGGAUGGAUCAGGCGGAAGGCUUUCUGGGUGGCCAAACAGGUAUUACAACUUGGAAUGGGUGAUGCCUUUGAUGAUUGGCUAAUUGAGAAAAUCCAACAUUUGCGCAAGGGAUCAGUGGUUGCUUCGGGAAUCAGACGUGUUGAACAGAUACUCUGGCCUGAUGGAAUAUUCAUAACAAAGCAUCCAAAACGUCAACGGCCAAACCUCUCCGGGAAUCCAUCAGCCCAAUGUUCACCUCAUGGUCAACCUUCCACACCGCUAUCUUCACCAAAGAAUGAGGUCAUCCAGAAACUGGAUGAGGAGCAACGGAAGGAAGCUGAACGUCGUUCAAAAUUUGUAUACGAACUAAUGUUUGAUCAUGCACCAGCUCCUAUUGUAGGUCUUGUUGGUCGUAAGGAGUAUGAACAAUGUGCCAAGGAUCUCUAUUACUUUCUUCAGUCAUCUGUAUGUCUGAAGCAGCUGACAUUUGACCUUCUUGAAUUGCUGCUCUUGUCAGCAUUUCCGGAGCUGGAUUAUGUCUUCAAGCAGUUGCAUGAAGAAAAGCACAAAUUUGGAGUAUAUAAGCCAAAUUAAUUGGGAUAUUACUUCCUAAGAUAAUUUUUAGAGAUUCAAAGUGAUUAUUCUACACAGGUUCCAUUAAUUUUUUUUUUUUUUUUGUUAGAAAAAAGGCAGAUAUAGUUCAUUUUUCUUUUAUAUGUGUUGCAACACCCUGCAACAUUUUUUUCUAGGUUUGUUGAUAAUUUCAGAUUGUCGGUUCUUUUCUUUUUUUUCUUCUUGGAGGGGGUACUUUAUUUUAAUUUGAUGGAACCAAUUUGUAAUUAACAUUUGAUAGGGCAUUUAAGGGAAUUAUGUGCAAGUAUUCUUUCGA